UUAUCCAUAUAUCAAUCUGCAGAGGAAGAAGUGGAAAAAGAGAGAGAAGCUAAAUAGCAGAACAAAACGAGUCUCAGAAUCUCAAGAACUCAAAGCAACUACAAUGGCAGCCAUGGCUGCUCUGCAAAGCUCCCUCACUUCUCUCUCUCUCUCCUCAAACUCCUUUUUGGGUCAGCGUCUCUCACCAUCAUCUCUCUCUUCUGCCCCGCUUAAAUCAACAGAGAAGCCAUGUCUCAUUGUUGCAAGGGUUAAGCGAUGGGAGCGGAAGGAGUGUAAGCCGAACGGUCUUCCGGUGUUACAGAAAAUGCACGUUAAGGCUGGAGAUACAGUUAAAGUAAUAUCUGGACGUGAAAAGGGUAAAAUUGGAGAGAUCACUAAGGUCUUUCGGCAUAAUAGUACGGUGAUAGUCUCGGAGAUAAACUUGAAGACGAAGCACAUGAAGAGCAGAGAAGAGGGUGAACCAGGGCAGAUUGUUAAGAUUGAAGCACCCAUCCACAGCUCCAAUGUGAUGCUCUACUCGAAGGAAAAGGAAGUAGCAAGCAGAGUCGGUCAUAAAACCCUUGACGACGGAAAACGGGUUCGAUACCUCAUAAAGACCGGCGAAAUAAUCGAUACUCCAGACAGGUGGAAGGAACUCAAAGAAGGAAAGAAAACUGAAGUAGCCGCCGCUCCUGCUGCUUCUUCAUAGCCUCUCUAGCAUUCUUGGCCAUUGAUAUAGCCUUUUGUAUUCCUAGACUUAUUUACUAUUCUCCUACUCUCUCUUUACAAUAUAGUUUUGGUUAUUCUGUAUUGUUUCUUUUGUAUUUCAAGCUAGAAUAUGGGAAUCUCAAGUCUAAACUUGUAUGGCAUUUCUCUACAUUUGAGUUGAUAAUUUUUGUGAAUCAUGUAG